AUGGAUAAUAUACCUUGUCAGAGAUGGGACACGUCAUAUCCGCAUGUCCAUAAAUACACACACUCGGACUACUACCCAGACGAGUCUGUCGAAGAAGCGGGAAACUUCUGCCGAAGCACUUCAGGUGCCCAAAUCCCAUGGUGCUACACGACCGGAUCUAAACGAUGGCAAUAUUGUGAUAUUGAACAAUGCCCAUACAAAUAUUGCUACGACACAAACCUGUCAGAGCUUUAUGCUGGAACUGUUACAAAAACGCAGAGUGGUAUAAAAUGUCAAAAUUGGGAUUCCCAAUAUCCACACAAGCACAAAUAUGGCAAACCCGAGAGGUUUCCAGAAGGUGACGUCAGCAAGGCAAAGAACUACUGUCGUGAACCAAGCGGACACGGGAAACCCUGGUGUUACACUACUGAUCAUAGCAAGCGAUGGGAGUUGUGCUGCAUCAAUAACUGUUCAGAUUUAGAGUAAUGCUUUCAUGUGCAAACAACAAUUAUUAAGCUAAUGACUAGAAAAUUAAAAUAACAAUAAACAUUAUGAAAGCGCGUGAAUAUUGUUUCUUGCAAUUUGUUUGUCGAAAAUGUUUCUGUAUUAUUAUUUCUUUACUUUCAUGUUUAUUUAAAGCUUAUAGAAUGCUUUAAAAUAGUCGGCCAUCAAGUGUAUUGUACGUUUAAAGAAUCAUUGACAUAUUAGACAACUUUUUUGCCGCAUACGGAUAUAUGAGUAAAUCAUUGGGAUUUCGAGAACAUCAUAUGUAUACUAGAGGAUGUUUGUUUAGUUCAGUGUAAGAUCGGACUAUAUUUCACCGAGUGAGCACCAAAAAGUAUAUUUCACGAGUGGCGCUGCAAUGAGUGAAAUAUGAACUUUUGCUGUUCACGAGGUGAAAUAUAUUUCAAUCUUACACUAAACUAAACAAUUUUUUAUUGUAUGCAUAGAAACGUUUAAAAAAACAUGUCAGCGUAAUACUAAAUGAAAAGGGCGCCAAAAAUAUACAAUGUGACGUCAUUUUACGACGUC